CGUCCGGGCGCCGAGGACUUUCCCACCGGCAUAUGAAUGCGUGCUCUGCGCAGGCGGGAGGGCCGUGCUUCCCGUGUGUGUCACGAGUCUCGCGAGUUUUGGAGACAGAGUUUCUGCCAGAGGCCGCCUUGGAUGCGUGGGGUGUGGCUCCCGGCGAGGGGCGGAGCUGGAGAUGGCGUCCACGGCGGCUCGGCGGCUGGCCUGGGUUGCAGUCCGACCCGGGGCUCUCUGGAGCGGGCCGAGGGGGAGGAGCGGUGGCGAUGUCAACACCGUACCGGGCAGCUCAGGUCUCAGCCAGGUACCGUCGAGAUGUCCUUUGGGCUUCUCCGAGUAUUCUCCAUUGUGAUCCCCUUUCUCUAUGUCGGGACGCUCAUCAGCAAGAACUUCGCUGCGCUGCUCGAGGAGCAUGACAUUUUUGUCCCAGAAGAUGACGACGACGACGAUUAACAGGGCACAGGAGCACAGGAGAAAGCACUGAUGACGUGGUGACAUGCUCAGCUCCCUCCCUGUCGGCAGAAGGGUCAAGGAAAGCCCUCAGCCUCACCUCCUCAUGGUUUGUGACAAGAGCCCAGACUCCUGUGCUUUGGGAGGCUCCCUCACGGCUGUCCACAGAGUACUGGAAAUAACAAGCAAGCAAAUUAGGAGUGUAUAAUAAAUGAGUCAUGUAUGAUGAAA